CCGGCAUCAAAUUUGGAAUAUCUAUAUUUCUUGGUUACUUACAGUUGAAGUUGCUUCAGUUGUUUUCUCAAAUCCCUUUUUCAGAAAACAAAAUGGUCGCGGUUGAAGCAGUCGCUGUAGGCCUUAAUACUGGUUACAAGGUAACGAAAAAUCAAAGGAAAGUACGCCAAAAUAGACGUAAGGGGCGUAUAACCAAGAGGAGUAAGAUUGUUCGUGAAUUGAUUCGUGAGGUAGCUGGAUUUGCUCCUUAUGAAAGACGGACAAUGGAACUGCUGAGAAUCAGCAAGGAUAAAAAGGCAUUAAAGUUCUUGAAGAGACGAAUUGGUUCGCAUGUUCGUGCGAAGAGAAAGCGUGACGAGAUUCAGGCGAUCCUUACUAAUCUUCGUAAACAUCAUAAGUGAUUUAAAAACGUCUGCUGGAAUGCUUUCAUUCGAACUUAUUUUAUUUCAAUAAAAUUUUGUUGUUGUC